CUCAAAAUGGCGGCUUCACAAAAUCAACAAUGAUUCGCACGCAGUAAACAAGGGAAAAUCCACUGACUGGACCUGUGUCUUGUUGCAUGCAUCGGUGUACUAUGAAGUCUGAAGAUAUUUAUUUGCUUUAGAUGCGUGAACAAAAGGAUAAAAUGAAGAAGGACCCGAAAAUUGAUAAUCACCGUCCAUACAAAAUAUCCCAUCAGACACUAUGUAUCACUGCCAUCAACUUCGAGAAACAAUCCUUGAUUGGUUAUGUGGAGCUGAGUCUUUACCCCCAGAAGCCGGACUUACGGAGGUUAAAGAUAAACAGUAAACAAUGCAGAAUCUACCGAGUAUGUAUCAAUGAUACAUGGGAAGCAGCUUUCCUCUACAAUGACCCAACACUGGAGAUCUGUCAAGGGGAUGCUAAACAGCGGAACCUUGAUUUUUUCCAAAACUGCCAUCUGUCUGCCAUGACAGCUGUAGAAGCAGACAAUGCCAAUGGAGAGGUGACAAUCAGGCUGCCCCAGGAAGCCUUCCCUUUAAUGGCAGAAAUGCGUGCCAUAAGGAUCUCCAUUGAGUUUUCACUUGACAAUCCUAAAGGUGGUGUACAUUUUGUUGUGCCCAACAUUGAAGGUAGUCUUGCUGAGAGGGGAGCUCAUAUGUUCUCCUAUGGCCAUGAAAAUUCUUCAAGGCUGUGGUUCCCUUGUGUGGACACAUUCUCAGAGCCAUGUUCAUGGAAGCUGGAGUUCACUGUUGACCGCGAGAUGACUGCUGUGUCCUGUGGGGAUCUGAUUGAGGUCAUCUACACACCGGACAUGAAGAAGAAGACCUUUCAUUACUACCUGUCAACACCAACCGCAGCCCCAAACAUUGCCCUGGCUGUUGGACCAUUUGAGAUCCUGGUUGAUCCCAAUAUGCAUGAAGUGACCCACUUUUGUUUGCCUCACCUGUCUUCAGUGCUGAAACAUACCACUAGCUACCUACAUGAGUCUUUUGAGUUCUAUGAGGAGCUGCUGUCCAGUAGAUAUCCCUACUCCUGCUACAAGCAGGUGUUUGUGGAUGAGAGUUAUGUAGAUGCCUCUUCUUAUGCUACCAUGACCAUCUUCAGUGUUGAUCUACUUCAUUCCUCACGUAUCAUCGACCAGACCUUCAUAACACGGCGACUCAUGGCCACUGCAGUUGCAGAACAGUUCUUUGGUGCCUUCAUUGCCAUGCAGUCCUGGAAUGAUGCAUGGUUGCCCAAAGGAAUGGCCAACUAUCUUUCUAGUCUGUUCAUCAAGAAGACAUUUGGUAACAAUGACCACAAGAUGACCAUUUACAAGCAUCUGCAGGACGUGUGUGAGUACGAGGGUAAGGUGGGAGGUGUGGUGCUGGACCCUGUGGGCAAGGAGACCAACCAGCACUUCUCCAUCAAGAGUCCCCACACCGUGUCCCCCAAGUACCUAGAUGUGUUUGUCAAGAAGGCCCUGCUGGUCAUCCGCAUGCUGGAGUUCAGGCUGGGCUCCGAGCUGCUUCUGCAGGUGUUGAACAAGCUUCAAGCUCUUGCCUUCACAGCCUCACAGCAGAAGUUCUUUGCUAACACCUGGUCCAACAUGCUUGUCUCCACAUCAUCUUUUCUCAAGAUCAUCUACACAGUUACAGGAAAAGACAUCCAGCCUUUUAUCGACUUGUGGGUUUAUCAGAGUGGUUGUGCCCAUUUCUUCGGUAACUUUGUGUUCAAUCGCAAGAGGAAUGUUGUUGAGCUGGAGAUAAAGCAGGACCUUAAUGCCAAGGGUGCCCUGAAAUAUGUGGGCCCUCUAACAGUGACCAUCCAGGAGUUGGAUGGCUCCUUUAACCACACCUUCAAGAUUGAGGAAAACAAGACCAAGUUUGAGAUAACAUGCCAUUCCAAAAGUAGGAGGAACAAGAAAAAGAAGAUUCCAUUAAUCACAGGAGAAGAAGUUGACAUGGACCUAAGUGCUAUGGAUGCGGACUCUCCGGUGCUGUGGCUGAGAGUGGACGCAGACCUGCAGCUUCUCCGCCAUGUCACCUGGGAGCAGCCUGAUUACAUGUGGCAGUACCAGCUCAAGUUUGAACGAGACGUGUCUGCUCAGUUACAGGGUAUUUGGGCCUUGGAGCACUACCCAACUCCACAGACUCGCUUGGCGCUGACAGACACUAUAGAGAACGAACACUGCUUCUACAAGGUGCGGAUGGAUGCCUGCAUCUGUCUAGCUAAGGUAGCUAACUCCAUGGUAGCGGGAUGGACCGGGCCUCCAGCCAUGAUGAUCAUGUUCAAGAAGAUGUUCGGGUCUCACUCAUGCCAGGCCAUCAUCCGACAGAACAACUUCAGCAACUUCCAGCACUACUUCCUGCUUAAGACCAUCCCAAUGGCUAUGGCCAACCUGAGAACUGUCCACUGUAUCUGUCCUCCUGAGGUGAUGCGCUUCCUGCUGGACCUCUUCAAGUACAACGACAACAGCAAGAACAAGUAUUCAGACAACUACUACAGAGCUGCUCUCAUUGAUGCAAUGUCUGCCACCAUUACCCCUGCUGUCACUCCGGUAGUAAUCUCGGAACUUGGUAAAAGUACAGACAGUCUGACUGCAGACACAAAACAGUUUCUUGAAGAGAUCACAAGAUGUCUGAAUCUGGAGAAGCUGCUUCCUUGCUACAGACAUACAGUUACAGUCAGUUGUAUACGGGCGAUACGCAGCCUGCAGAAGUUUGGCCACCUACCCAACGACCCAGAGCUCUUCAAGAGCUAUGCCGCAUAUGGAGUGUUCCGGGAUGUCAGACUAGCUGCAUUCAGUGCUAUUGUAGACUUUAUUAAAGUUGACCGUAACUCUGACACCAUGAAAUGGUUAUUGGAUAUGAUUGAGACGGAUCCGGACAUCCUAGUCAGACAUGGUGCUCUACAGCUACUUAUAGAAAACCCUCCCUUUAAGAAGUCAGACAGCAAUCCUCUCAAUACAGAUGGCCUGGUGGAAAGACUCUGGAAGAUGAUGAACUCCUCACUGUCCCACGACAGCCGCCUGAGAUGUGGUAUUGCGGACUUGUACCAUGUUCUGUAUGGCCGCACACGACCAACCUGCCUGGCUAUACCAGAGAGUGUUCUAGUGCUCAACUUGAAAGAGAAAACCACCAUGCUGAAUCCAACCAUAGUUCCGGAGAAGACAGAGGAUGAGCUGUUUGAUGAGAUGUCACAAGCUGAGGAGACCACACCCACAAAGGGAUCGCAGUCCGAGGACAUCGAGAUGAUUGACGUCGAUGUCACGCCAGAGAAGAAGCCGUUAUUUGUGCGAGGGGAGUCACAUGAUCAGCGAGAAACUGGAACUAAGAGGAAGGCAUCAUCACCUUUGAUCGACCUCAAACCAAAUUUAGAAUCUAGUAAUUCGAAUAUAAGACCUGAACCAGUGCAAUCAGAUGACACGAAGCGGAUUCAAGCUCAAGAUUAAGAUGAAAUCAGAUUCAGAGUCUCCCAGCACUUCGGGGCAGCUCCAACAACCACCCCUUCUGCCAUCCCAACCACCAGAGAAGAAGAGAGAGAGUAGUGUCUGCCGACUCAGUGAAGACUCCAGCUCCCCAUCCCAAGC